AUGGGGGGCAUACAACAAUAUGGGGGACAUACAACAACAUGGGCGACAUACAACAAUAUGGGCGACAUACAACAACAUGGGGGACAUACAACAACAUGGGCGACAUACAACAACAUGGGGGACAUACAGCAACAUGGGCGACAUACAACAACAUGGGGGACAUACAACAACAUGGGCGACAUACAACAACAUGGGGGACAUACAACAACAUGGGGGACAUGCAACAACAUGGGCGACAUACAACAACAUGGGCGACAUACAACAACAUGGGGGACAUACAACAAUAUGGGGGACAUACAACAUGAGCGACAUACAACAACAUGGGCGACAUACAACAAUAUGGGGGACAUACAACAACAUGGGGGACAUACAACAACAUGGGGGACAUACAACAACAUGGGCGACAUACAACAAUAUGGGGGACAUACAACAACAUGGGGGACAUACAACAACAUAGGCGACAUACAACAACAUGGGGGACAUACAACAACAUGGGGGACAUACAACAACAUGGGGGACAUACAACAACAUGGGGGACAUACAACAACAUGGGCGACAUACAACAACAUGGGCGACAUACAACAACAUGGGGGACAUACAACAAUAUGGGGGACAUACAACAACAUGGGGGACAUACAACAGCAUAGGCGACAUACAACAACAUGGGGGACAUACAACAAUAUGGGGGACAUACAAUAA